UGUGGACAUGUGUGAACUGACAUGAGCCACUUUUGAUGGAUGGGUGAAUAUAAUGGGGACAAGUUGUUUUGGAUGAGCUGCAUGUCCUUGGAUAUAACACAGGACAACAUUACACAGUUUCUUCCUCCAUUCUGUAUUGGAUUAUAACAGUGUGUGGCCAAGGUGGAAAGUUUAUUUAGUUCAGCUGUGAUAUUCCUCAUCACCGGUCUCUCACCUGACACAGGGAGUGAAAUGCCAGUGUAGAGACCUGCCGGUGUAACCUACUUGAUUACUCAAGAGAGACAUCACGCAGCAUCCUACAAGAUGGAGGAGCACACCCCGCUUCCGCAGUCUCAGGAUCCUGAAGUAGGAAGCUAUGACGGUGGUCCUAAUGGUCAAGGGACAGGGACUUCAUGUCCUCAGAUAACAUUUUCAGUGGAUACAGGAGCCGGUGCCCACUCCCCUCUUUCACUGAAGGUCCUUGCCAAACAGACACUCAUCAUGGAUUCUGAUGGAACAGAGUCUGACUUCUCUGAUUUUGAUGUCAACACAUUUUCCCGGAGAGUCCUUCGGUCUCCAAGACUGUAUCAGAAGUCGAAUGAAGAUUCAGAGGAUGAAUCUCCCCUAGGUCAGAGAGAAGAUGGAGGUAGCCCUGACUUGAAACGAAAGUGGGAUGAAGGUUGUGAGGGGAGGUCCCCACCAAGUCCCACUAAGAAGCAGAAGGAUUCUGUCUUUCAACAGAACACAGAUGAAAGAAGCGAUGGGAUAAAGAAGUUGGAUCUCUCUGUGUCAUCAGUGGACAGUGCAGUGGGUGUCUCACUCAACAACACACCAGGUUCCGGAGUGUCGGAGACCUCCAGCUUUGACAGUAACACAGACACUGAUGACUCCAGUUCACCUGCAGCAGUUUCUGGAGGCACAGAGGGAACAUAUCGCAGAAUGGACUCAUCUGGCCAAACAUUGCCACCCCUGCACUUCUCAAAUGAGCAUGUUUCAGAACAAUUUAUGAAGCUUGCUGCUGAUGUUGAUUCUGUGAGAUCCUUGACCUUGUCAAAUGGGAAUGAUGGUUUUGUGGAGAAUCUGAUCCUUCAUCGACUUGAGGAUGAGAAUCUUGGCAUGAGGCUGAGUGUGGAGGGAGGAAAGAGUAGUGGAUAUGUCAAGGCUGUGAUUGUCAAGAGUGUUGUAGAAGAUGGGGCAGCAUAUCGAGCUUCAGGUAGUUCUGUUGGUAUCUGUGCUGGUGAUGAGAUUCUUGAAGUCAAUGGCACCAACCUCCGUCGCUUGCACCAUCAUGACUGUGUCGCUGUGUUCAAGGAAAUCCCACUUCGUGUGCAUCUGGUGGUGAAGAGAGCUGAACCACCUCCUCAUCAUAGGAUGUCUGGCCAGGGAGGGAUCCUGCCCGAUGUACACAUCUUGUCAGGAUCGGAGAUGCCAGAGCUAGGCAACCUAGAUGGAUUCAUCCUGCAAGACGUCACCAUCAGGAAGACUGGAGAGGAGAGUCUAGGUAUCAGCAUCGUGCCCAGCUAUGGAACAACAAGGGAUUUCUACCAGGUGAAGAGACUUCUGCCAAGUGGUGCAUGUGCCAGAUCGGGCAGACUCCAGGUCGGGGACAGGUUACUGCAGUGUAACGGACAGCUUCUCAAAGGUCUCACACAGGCACAGUGUCUCAGUGCAUUGAAGAAAGCAGGAGAUAAUGUGACAUUUCGCAUUGUUCGACAGGAGGAAAGCGAUACAACUAUAGAAAUAGUCUCUGACUUGUCCAAACAUAAUCAAACUACAUCACCUUCAAGUUCGUUUGAUUUGAAGGAGAGUGACAGACUGACGCGUGAGGAGCGUAUAUCGAGCAAUCUAGGUUCAGUGCAAUCACAGAGGGAUACAUUGAGUGAUUCACAAGAGGUUCAGCCAAGCAUUAAUGAAGUUUUUGCUCAACAAAAUGUGAAGUUAGCUUUCAGUCAACCUUUUCCACCUCAACAAUUUUCAGAUGAUUCAGAAUCUGUGACAGAUUCCAGUAUGUCGAGUCCAGUAAAAGAAAGAAAAGAUUUGCUUGGUAUGGAUGAUGAACAGUUAAUUGAUGUUGGUGGUUUCGAGAUACAAACAGAUUUGUCUGGCCAGUUGGAUAAUACAUAUGUUGUGGAUACCCCAGUUGUUGACCUUGAAUCAACUCCAAGGGAUUGGGAGAUGGAGAAUGAUACAGAGUAUAGCAAUCCUCCCACUGGUAAACCUCUAGCACCUAUUAUUGAAGGUAUUCCCCCACCAAUGGAGUUUGCAGACAUGCCCCCUGAUAUUAUGUCUGAGCCUCCCCAGGAGCCAGAUCAGACUGUGCCCGUGACAAAUAUUGAUGACCUUCUAGGGCUUGAUGAUGACGACUCAGCUUCAGAACCAAACCAACAAGAAACAGUGCAAUAUAAUAGCCAACCUCUUGACUUGCUCCUAGAUGUUGGUGGUACUGAUCCUUCAGCUAUAUCUCUUGAGGUUGAUGGAGAAGUGUCAGAAAAGACAACAGAUCUCUUAGGUGACUUGUUAGUGCCUGAUAUUCGUGCUGAUAUUUCGAGCAGUAGUUCAAAUCUGCUUGAGGAAAGAUGGGAGAACUCUGGGGAAGUGGGAGAUCUGCUGGGAGGUUUCAAAGGGGUAAAUGUUACUUCUGUUGAAAAUACUUCAAUUGAUGAGUUUAUUUCCAUAGGGAAUGUUACCCAGAUUCCUGUGUCAACUGAUGAGGAUGCUGAUACCAAGAAGGAAACACUAGAAGACGUUGUUCAUACGACAACCAAAUCUGUGAACCAACACAUUGUUACAAAGGUAGAUGUGAUGAAGGAAAAAGAAAAUGUUGAAACACCAGACAAUCCUGUUUCAGCUUUAAUAAAUGUAGAUGAUCAGCCCAAAUUGAAGUCUACUGUCAUUGAGGUAAAUGGCAGCACUUCUCAAAAGUCAACAGUGAUUCGCAUUGACCAGGGCCAGAAAUUGAAGAAUGCAUCACCAAUUCAUUUUGUUCCACCAGUGCAAUCAACAUCAGUAAAGGACUUGUACGGAGAGGACAUUAUACAACCUAUGAAAAUGAAGAGGGAGAUGGGAGGUGUCCGUAUAUUUGAAGAUGGUGCUGCAGAAUCAACUGCCAAAGCUGGUCAAAGACAGGUUGAUCCUGAAGCCAAGAGAGACCUUGCAGCAAUUCUUGUUGAGCUGACGAAAUCAUCAGGACAUAUCAAGAAGAAAUCAGUUGCAAACACUACCUCAGUUGCAGAAGAGGACAUUGUGCCCACAAAAAUUUCACGUGAAGAGGCACAGAAGGUGCUGGGAGUGUUUGAACAAUGGCUAUCUGGGGGACAAAAACCACCUGUUUCUCCAUUCAAGAAAAUGGUAUCAAAUAUUAUAGAAGACAAACCUAAGGUAACUAAGAUCAGAGUUGGAAGCACCACUCCACUACAUGUGAUGCCACCAGUCAGAAGUGGAGGUACCAAUGAUUCCGGGGAGGAGGAGGUUAUAACACCCAUUCUUGUGAGGAAGGAUAAGCAUGGAGUCCGAACAUUUGAAGAGGGGUCAGCAAAUAGCUCCCCUGUGCAUAAACCCAGGCAGAUUGAUGAGGAAGCCAAGAAAGAUCUUGCAAAAAUAUUAUCAGGUUUGACAACGUCGUAUGAUCAGACCUAUACAAAAAAGAAACCUGAAAGCUCUUAUGUCGAUGAGCAGGAGAUUGUUCCCACUAAGGUGUCCAGAGAGGAUGCUCAGACUAUUAUGAACGUGUUCACAAACUGGUUGAAGAGUGAUGAAAAGCCUAAAUCAAAUCCUUUUAGGAAGUUGGUCUCAAAUGUUAUUGACACUCUUGAUGAACCAGACAAUGAGGAAAUUGUAACUGUCACCAAAGACAAGAGUACACCUGUGAUAGAAAAAGUCAUAAAGACUGAAAAUAAUAAUGUUGAAAGUGCCUUACCACAAACAAGUGGUAUUGAGCCUGAUGUAAUAGUGUCUUCUCAUGUUUCAUCUUCUUUUGCACCACCUAAACCAACAGCCAGAGUACCACGAUCACCACCAAAAGAAACCACCUCAGAAGUGCAGGAAGCUCCCCAGAGAGUUCCUCCAACACCUGCACCAAAGCCAAGCUCUCCAAGCGAAACACAGGUUUUAACUCAGAAGCCGAGCAAUCCAAAGGAAACCAAUGUCUUAACUCAGGAACCACGACCAACUCCAACACCACCAAGCCCAAGACUGAAUCUGAAGUCUACCAACAGAUUCAGCACAGGGUCAAGUCUCCCACCACUCACAGUGUCAAGAGGGUUACCUAAGAUGGGAGGAUUGAGUACAACCAUUAAAACUCAGGGCCUGCAUUUUUCAACCAGCAAGUCUUCUAAGCAGGAGUACCAGAAGAUGAGGAGGGAUGAUGGACCGUUCCAGGUUGAUGUCCUGAAGGGCAUUGUGGGACUGGGAAUCAAGAUACAGGCAGACACAGAUAGAUUUGCCAGAGUAUCAGAGAUUCAAAGAAACAGUCCUGUGGACAAGAAUGGACAGAUCAAAGUUGGAGACUAUGUUCUGUCCAUCAACAACACCACACUGACAGGGCAGUCAGAUGCCAGAAUACAGCAAAUUCUGCGACUUCUUCCAAGAGGUUUAGCUAAGAUUGUUGUAUCAGCUGUACAACCAUCUGAAGAAGAUUGCCCACAACCCACUGGAAAAUCAGAUACCCUCCUUACAUCUGCUGAUAAACCCGCUGGACGCACAUCUCCUUUUGGUGUCAGGUUAGGUGCAAAGCCCUUCAACACGGACGAGAGCAAGUCAGCUACAGUUACUUCUCCUUUAACAAGAGACUCAGGAUUUUUCGAGUCAAAAAGAAAAUCUUCCUUGUCACAGCAGGACAAGCAGCCUGCUACAGUGGACACUUCUGAACAGCCUACCCACGUAUCUACAAUAGAUGUGACAAAGAAAGUGGUGGAAGUGAAACAGGAAGAAAAGAAACCUGAGGAAAAGCAUGUCUCUACCAUAAAUGUUGUAAAGACCACUGAAGUUGUUACAGACAAGAGUGAUAUGCCACCAAAAUCCACAGAAACAUCGUCAACUAAACAUGUUAAAACUACUACAGAACCUGCGAGGACAGUACCUGAGGUGUCUGUUGACUCAGGUGUGAAGUCAAAGUCACGCAUCCGAGAGUCUGUUGAGACAGUGCCACCAUCAACAGAUAACAGGAAGGUUGAGAUGACAACUACAGUUACAGAGACUGAGGUUGAGAUUGAAACUAAUCCUCCUGUUGUUGCUGAAAGAAAACAACAAAAACCUGAACCUGUGAAAGUACCAAGACCUGCACCUAGACAAGCUGUGCAAGUGGAGAAGAAAGAGGUUGUCAAGGAAGAGGAAAAGCCAGCUGUUUGUGAGCAAACUGAGUCAAUAAACAGCCCUGUGAUGAAAAGUCCUCCCAAGGUUCCACCUAAACCAAAGGCAAGAGUAUCCUUGAAUGAUGCACCUGCUCCUCCAGCACCUAAGUUUGACCAGAUAGAAGUAAACGAAACAGCUAAUGAUGACUCAAAACCCAAAUUUGUCUCUAAUAUUGUAGUAGAAAAAGAGUCUUCUCCACCAAGAAUAUCAACCAAAUCAGUGGUAAAGGAUGACAUAGAUGAAGGUGUUGUUCCUGACAUUAAAGCAAAGCCUUAUGAGAAGACCCCUCCGCCUGUGCCACCUAAGCCACGGAGAACAUCAUCAGCUAGUUCGGAUGUAUCUUCAUCAUCUAUGAUGUCAGAUGACUUCCACAUUGAAAAUGAAGUGGAGUUUGGUCAGAGAAGAAGGAGAAAAUCAUCUGCUAGUUCUGAAAAAUCCACAGCAUCUAUCAAAUCUGAAGGAAUCCCUGAAGAAACAUAUGUGCCAAGAAGAAAAGAUGAGAAUGCUCCAGAAAAACGGUCUGUCAAGGAGAAGAUGGCUGCCUUUGAGGCUUUUCAAAAAGUCGAUGAAGGUGACUCAAGGAGAUCAUCUAGCAGUUCUGUUACACCUGUGAGAAAGAUUUCCAGCUCAGGUCAAGGACAUGAGGUUCAUGCACCUAAAAUGAUUGACCCUCCAAAACCAAAAAGUAGAACUGAUCUUGCAUCAUCUGCAAAGAAGAAUGUUCCUGAAGAAGAUGGUGUGUUUAUUGUAUCUCGUAUAUCUAUCAAGUCUCAAGUUCCAUCAGACAAAAAGGAGGAGAAUUCCUCACCUGUAUCUCCAACAUCACCAACAUCUCCAACAUCGCCUGAUGGUAAGGUGAAAAUAAAUGCAGCUCUUGCCCCUAAAAGGCGAACAGGGCUCUCAGAGCCAAAGACAAAGCCAGACCAGGGUCAUCACCAUGCUGUUCCUAAAACCUCCUCCUCCAUCUUUAAACCAACAGGACUUGAGCGACUGAAAAACAUUACUGGUCAUAAGACUGAUAGUGGUGAAGUGGCUCACUCGUCAAGUCCAGAUGGAACAUAUAAAAUUGGCCCUGUCAAAAUGAACAAUGCUCUAUCUCCAAGAAAAGCAUCAACAGAGGAACCACCAUCUCCAGUUGGACUUAAGUUUGGUUCAUCUGCCUAUAAACUGCAUGCUGGAGAGGGGAAAAAGAUAAUGUCAACAUCUAUUUUGUCAGGUAAGAAAUUUGUAAGCACCAAAGACACACACAGAAAUAAAGAAGACACCUCUGCACUUGUUACAGCCAAAGUUGUGCACAUAACUAAGCAAUCUGGCAUUGACACUUGUGUCAAAGACAGUUCUGCAUCUUCACUUGAAGCACCAAGUCCUCAUUCAGUUGUUAAAUCAUCCUAUGUUACAGAUCACGAGCAUGUUGAUGUUUCACAAAUUGUACCAGAUUCAGCACAAGACACAGCACAGUUAAGAAAGGGACACAGAUCUAUCAGUGGUGUUACUGAGGAUGUGUCCACAACUGAGGACACUCAGUUAAAUGCUCAGAGUCCAUUGCCAGAUACACCAUUACAGAAAGAUGUAACUUUAAGAGUUGACCUUGAUUCAGGAAGUUUGGUUAUUGAUGGCGCCACAGUGAAAGAUUCCAACACUGAUGAAACAGUAAGUACAGACAGUGCUGAAAAUGAAGCUGAAAUCGACAAUGUUAAUUUAAAGACUGAAGAAGUGAAAGAACAAAUUACUGUCCCCUCAAAGAAAAUAAACUAUAAAGAAAAGGAGCCCAUUCCAUCUAAGCAUGAAAAAGUGUCCUCCUUAGAAACUCCUGCACAACAGGAGGAAGGUUUGAUCUCUGAUGAACAGGAGGAAGUGUCAACCUCGGUGCAAGAGGAGGAUGUGUCGACCUCGGAGCAACAGGAAGAGGUUUUGACUCCAGAGCAGCAUGUUGAGAAGAUAGUAGAUGGAAAUGGUGGUUUUGCUGCAAAGAUUGUAGCAGCAUCACUUGAAGCAGCAAAACAAGAGCUGAAAGUAGAAGCAAAGGUCAAGGUUAGUGAACUUUCAGAAGAAGUGUCUGAAAAUACAGAAAUUCAAGUAGCCAGUGAAGACAGGAGAACUGACAAUCAGACAGAUGUGCCAGUAAAACCAUUCACAGAUGAAAGAUCAAAACAUGCUGAAGACACACGGAAAGAAGAGCCAGUUCCAGAAAAUGAAAUCAAGGCAAAUAUUGAAGACGAAGUUACUCCUACAGUUCAAACAAUUGUUUCAGCACCACCAAACUCAGUAGAUAUAGCUGAUGAGGAUGAACUUGAAGCCAAUGCAGCUGAAUUAGUGGUUGCAACGUUAGAGUCUGCUAAAAAGCAGCUGGAACAUGGAGAACAGUCGGUUGUUGUGUCAUCUCCCUGCCCCUCUCCCCCACCCUUGCCAGGCUCAGCCCCACCUCCACUACCUUCAGGACCUCCUCCUCCCAUCCCAACAGAAGAACAUGCUGAUGAUUUGGCUGAAACGGACACUCAAAGUGUCAUGUCCAAAACAGCUACUGAGGUAGUAGAAUCAGUCCCCGUAUAUAUCCCAGAACCUGAAGUCAAUAUUUCUGUACAGCCUAAACAGGAGAGUAUGCUUGUUGAUGAAGAUGAUGCUCCGCCUCUUCCACCAGGGCCUCCACCACCAGGACAAACUCACCAGGAUAGUACAGCUGUACAGUCACCAGAGGUGACAGCUGUAGCAUCUGCAGACAUCAAAUAUCAACCCAUACCUAAGACUAGAACCACAGUUCAGACCACUGAGGAAGACAAUGAAUGGGUGGAAGAGAUUGAAAAGGUUGCAGCCCAAGAGUCUAAAUUUGAUAUGUUGAUAAAUUUUGAUUCUCAAAGGAUGCCCAAAAUUGAAAAUACUGCUACCCUGAUUGAGACCCCAUCUUCAGAUACCGAUUCUGGGGUCAGCUUGCAGAUGACCUCUCCAACAUCUCCUAGUGCAAUAGAAGACAGUGCUGUGGAAUUGCCAGGUUCUUUGACUAAAUCUGAUUCAACACCUACAGAGAUGCAGAACUCUGUACAUAAUACAGUAAAGCUGGUUUCAACGUCAGUAGAGCCUGUUGUGGAUUCAUCAGUGAGUAGGAAGGAUAUUAAAUCCAUCACUGAAACUGGUCCAGUAGCUCUUGGAACAACAUCUACUAAAACUGUCACUGUGCAAUAUAGUUCAAAUACGUCUUCGCAUGAACAAGAUUCUUUUAGUUCUGUUGAUUCACUGCAUGAUAACACUCCUUCAGUUUUGCCAACUCAGACCCAAAUGUCGGUGACUAAAACAGACUCUCGUGAUAAAGACAUUCCUGCACCUGUGUCGCAUGUGUCACAAGUUUCAGCAUCCUCAAAAAUCAUGUCUGAUUCCAGCAAUGCUUCUAUCUCCCAGGUAUCAAGCUCCCGAGAGUCAUCUCCAAGCGACGUUCUCAAAAAUUCUAAAUCUACCACAUCUUCAUCCAGUAAAAAAGUAUUUUCAUCUACUCCCACUAAAGAUCAUGGCAAUAGUCAACAUUCAGUCUUUGAACCCGAUGUUUCAAGUAUCCAGUACAAUUCAACAAAGCUAAAUAGUUCUCAAAAUGUACCUCGAACAGAAAAUCUUUCAUCUUCAAGGGUUCUCAACAAAUCUUUAAAUGUGUCAACCAAGUCAAGAGCCUCCUCCACCAGUGGAAACAAACGACGAUGGAAGAUGGUGACGACUGGUGAGGAUGCAGUGGAUAAGUCCAUUUCAGAUCUGACUGAAGUCUCUGACGCCAGUCUUGUCUCUAGAGAUGAACUCUCCCGUAUGAUUGACUUAGCCAAUCAGAGAAUGGAUAAGACAGGGAUUUCUUUGGAGGAUGAAAUUGUAGUUGUGGUUUUGACAAGAGAAAAUCUAGAGCAGGACCUUGGCUUUGAACUCAGAGAUGGUAUUCUCAAGUCUAAAGUGGUAUGUGGAUUAAAGCCCGGCAGCCUUGCUGAGAAGGACCAGCGUCUACAGCUCAAGGACAGCUUGUUGUCAGUCAACGGGAACCUGGUGGACGACAUGUCAGCAGAAGAGGUGAUGAAGCUGCUGAGUCAGCCCAGCCAGCAUGUGACGCUUGUCCUGGCCCGAGACGGCGCCAACAACACCAGCAACGGGCAGACUACAGCAGUCACCAGCGUCAAUGGGAAUGGCACAGACACCCCAGUGCAAGAAGGCCCAGGUAUAUUUGACGUGGUGAUGAAGAAGGGGGUCACGGGCGUCGGCUUCUGUCUGGAAGGAGGGUUGGGCUCACCCAAGGGAGACAUGCCUAUACUCAUUAGAAGGAUAUUCAAAGGAGGACCUGCAGAAAAAUGUGGACAGUUGCGAGUCAAAGAUGAAAUCUUGAAGGUCAAUGACAUUGAUUUCACCAGCCUGCGCCAUUACGAAGCUUGGAAUAACCUCAAAUUUCUACCUGACGGUGACGUCCACAUAUUGAUCCAGAGGAAAUAAUGCAACAGGAGUUAUCUCCCUUCUGUGCACAUCAACCCGUAUCACCAUGUUCAUAUUGAUCCAGGAAACAAAAAAAUCAACAGGAGUUAUCUCCCUUCUAUUGUAUUUUCCCCAGCUCCAUCCCUUAUACUCCCAGUAUAGUAUAUAGAGCUCUGCGAACUGGCUAUCACUGUGAGGAGCUUGGUAUUUCCCUUCACCAUUACCGCAGAUCUACAUCUGCUACAAGUCUAUGUUACCGGAUAACAAACACAAGACUCAAAAGAUCAAUACUGUGAUAAUUCAGCAUAGUCAGAGGUAAAUUUAAUCACCUGCUGCAGCUGUGACGCUUAUCCCAUGUAGAAACACGCUUCUGGCCUCCGUACUUAAUCCCACCUGUGGAUCUGGCUUAUCCCAUCCUACUUGUACACAAUGAUAUUAGACAGUGUUAUUGCUAUCAGAUUAUUGCAGUCAUGUAUAUUGUAUCUGUUCCAAUAAAUGUAUUCGAUGCUUUUUACCGUCAUGAAUUAUAUUAAUGUAUAAACACCUCAUAUUUUCAACAUGUAGAGAAAUCUGUGUGAUAGUAACCUACAUAUUUUCAUCAUCUAAUAAAAUAUUUGUAAAAUUAAAACUCAUUUAUGCGACAUUGAGAGAACUAUGGGUAUAAAUAGAAUAGAAUAACCCUGAUAUAUUCAACGUCUGAAGGUGUGAAAAUAACAGUGGUCCCCGCAACUAUUGGGGUGGUCCCUGCAACUGUGGGAGUGGUCCCUGCAACUGUGGGGUGUGGUUCCUGCAACUGUGGGGGUGGGGUCUGGGGUUGGGGGUUGGGGGGUGGUCCCUGUAACUGUGGGACUUACUUGAUUACCACAGUAAUCUCACCUUAAUUGAAUUAUUUUCAUUGCGUAUUUUGAUGCCCCAUCACAGCUAUUGGAUGUGUGUCUUCUAUCCUCAUUCCCCAACAAAAAGUGCUUUUCUGGUAAUACAAGCAAGUGUACCAAAAAUAACAAUUAAAUAUUUACUGGGUAUAUGGUGGCAUUAAUACUCCCAUCGGAUUGCCCGUUUUAAUAUUUCAGCUCAUAAAGAUAAGAUAGCCUUUUAUGACAUUUUAAUAAUUCAGUUCAAAAUGUCUGACAUUUUAUGAUGAGUCAGCAUUUCUGAAUUAUGACAUGGUCUUAUAAAAACAGUCCCGUGAAGUUUGAAGAUCAUUGUUGAUAUACCUGAAUUAUAAUUAUGUAGCUAAACUUUGCUGUAAUUCACCACAAUGUGCUGACUAGGCCCUACAACCGAUCCUUACCAGCUGUCAUUAUUUCAUUGUAUCCCCAGGUCAUUGAGUAUUGAUCUCUAAUGUAUAUGUCCGCCUCCGUUUGAAUUUCUGAUAUAUACGUGGUCGUGUCUAUUGACAGAACGUACACUGGAGGUAGCCUUGCUAUGAUGAACUUAGGUUAUUUCUGUAUAUGUGUGUGUUACAUUCUCACUGAUCUGUUUCAUCAACACUGGACAUUUUCUCCAGAAAGAAACUAGACGUUAUCACUAGUCCACACUGCAUCAAUUUUGUGUUUAACAAAAUCCCUAAGAAACAGGCUGUCAGGAAUUUGUAAUAAUUCUGAGCUCAUUAAUGAACAAUACAUUGUCAGGGAUGUAGAAUUUUGUGUUUUUGUUGUCCAACAAAUGAAGAUUUUUUAUGGGAACAAGUACGUUGUAGUUCAAUACUUCGGCUGUCUGUCGGUGUUGUCCCUGGGUGUGGUCCAAGCAACUGAAGGGUGGUCCUUGCAACUGUGGGGCUGGUCCUUGCAUCAUUGGGGUGGUCCCUGCAACUUUGGGGGUGGUCCCUAGAUACUGGAGGUGGACCCUGCAACUUAGGGGGUGGUCCCUGCAACUGUGGAGGCAGUCUCUAGAAACUGGGGGUGGUCCUUGCAACUGUGGGGGUGGUCUCUAGAACCUGGGGGUGGUCCUUGCAACUCUGGGGGUGGUCUCUAGAAACUGGGGGUGGUCCUUGCAACUGUGGGGGUGGUCUCCAGAAACUGGGGGUGGUCCUUGCAACUGUUGGGGUGGCCCCUAGAAACUGGGGGUGGUCCUUGCAACUGUGGGGGUGGUCUCCAGAAACUGGGGGUGGUCCUUGCAACUGUUGGGGUGGCCCCUAGAAACUGGGGGUGGUCCCUGCAACUGUGGGGGUGGUCUCUAGAAACUGGGGGUGGUCCUUGCAACUGUGGGGGUGGUCUCUAGAAACUGGGGGUGGUCCUUGCAACUGUGGGGUGGUCUCUAGAAACUGGGGGUGGUCCUUGCAACUGUGGGGGUGGUCUCUAAAAACUGGGGGUGGUCCUUGCAACUGUUUGGGUAGACCUUGCAUCAUUGGGGUGGUCCCUGCAACUGUGGGGUGGUCCCUGUUCCUCUCUUGUGGGAUUAUCACAAUUAUCACACCUUAAUAGCAAAUAUAUCACAAGAAAUGUGUGUAUAAAGACAAUUCAUGUCACUUCUUUAGUAAGAUUCAUUUGAUUUUGUAAAAAUUGUCAUAAUUUCUUUUAAUAACCACAAACAUUUGUAAUGCCUACACUUAUUCUACAAGUAAGAAUCACAUAUAAGACAUUUAUGUGGCUAAUGGGAUGUAUGAAAUAUGUGCUGAAACAUGAUUACAUGUAUUGUUUAUGUUUAAUAUAUCAUAUCAUCACAAAAUCUGAUUGACAGGAUGUUAGUCUCAAGAUUAAUUCUUCAAAAUGGUCUCAGCUUUUACUGUGAUGAGAUUUAGAUGCUAAUUUACAAGUCUUGUUUCAACUCAUUUCACAAAUUCUCUAUAGACGGAAUUUGCAUGCGUAAGAUGAAAAACAUUUGGAAAAGUAUGUUUGACGUAGGUCACUAUGACAUGUAUAUAGACAAAUAUUUGUAAAUAGCUUUCCAUAAUUGUUGUCCUCGUGUAUAUAGGAUAGAUAAUAUGUUAGAAAUAUUGUAUUGCAAUAGUUCUUGUCAAAAUAAAUACAAAUACAAGCACGUUAUUGUUCACUGAGAGUUAUUUUCUAUUGUCCUUAACAGAUCAAACCUUACCUAGAGUUGAUGAGUGAAGUACUGAUGGAUUUGUUGUUGCUAAAUCUCAUUAAAAUCCAGGCCCACUUGCGCAAAAUGAUCUUAGCGCUAAGAUGAUCGUAAUUCCCAUACUUUAAAAUAGGCUUACGAUAGUCAUAGCGCUAAGAUCGCUUUGUGCAAGUGGGUCUUGAUUUUAAUGUGGGUCCAGAUCUCAGUUCUCGCUACCGCUAAACAAAGCGGUUUGGUAUCCAGAACUAAGAUCUUAGUAUCUUAGUAAUAUUUGGAAUAUUGCUGAAUGCUGUGUUAAACAACAAACAAACAUACACACAGUUAGACUCUGGUCGGAAUACGCACGAGGAUCAGGUCCUCUGUGACUUUAUAGUUAUCUCCCUGUAUAAAGUGACUGUACAGUUAUAACAAAUGCUGAAUAUGAACCGUGACCGUAGUGUUAAAUCUCUUACUGAAACGCUUCCUUCAAAACAUAUUUUCAAUCAGGAACUUCAGAUACACAGAGGUGAGGUAGUUCAAUUAAAUCUAUUUCCCAGUCCCAGUUUCAAUAUAUAGAUAUGAUAUAGAUUUUUUAUGAUAUAAAUGAUAAUUUCACAUUAAUCGUGUACAUAAUCCCAUCCAGAUAGAACAGGUACUUCUGUUUCAUCGUCGCUUAACAUUAAAAUCAAAUCUUUUACCAAUAUUUGAUACCUCUCUUUGAGGUAUCAAAUCAGACUAAAACAUCUGAUUUUUAUGUGAUUGUUUGUACUCUAUCUGAUUGUGAGAUGAAAGGAACAUUUGGAUCAAUAGACACAAAAUAUUUGUUACUUGUCAGUGUUUUUCUAUUGCCAGUAGACUGGUCUGGUGUCCUGUUGCUUUGUCCUAUCAUCUAGGAGUGAGUCUUGUAGCUCUGUCUGUUCUUCUUGGAGGUUAUAACUGUGUGUAACUUGUGUUUUCUGUUUUCAGUUACAUGUUCCAUACCGAUGAGAUAUGUGAUGCAUGUGUUUGCAAAUUAUUUUGUGUUGAUUUUGUAACAGUCGCAAUAUGAUUAUUUAUAUUUAUAUUGUUAAUAUCCAGAAAUAAAGAAUUAUUUCAUUGUA